GUGACGUCAUCGCGGCGCGCCGGCGCGGCAGGAGGGAAGCGGCGGAGUGGCGGCCGCGGCGCGGCAGCAGCCGGAGCCAUGCCGGGCCCGAAGUCCUUCCGCCGGCGCAGGGAGGACGACGAGGAGGAGGAGGAGGACGAGCAGCUCGCCGAGGAGGUCAGGUUAAAACUUGAGGAAGCCAAAGAAGUUCAGAGUCUCAGAAAGCGGCCCAAUGGGGUGAGUGCUGUAGCUCUGCUGGUGGGAGAGAAGUUGCAGGAAGAAGCCACGCUUGUGGAUGACCCAUUUAAGAUAAAAUCUGGGGGAAUGGUGGACAUGAAGAAGCUGAAAGAAAGAGGCAAAGACAGGAUUAAUGAAGAGGAAGAUCUGAACUUGGGAACUUCCUUCUCAGCAGAAACCAACAGGCGGGAUGAAGAUGCUGACAUGAUGAAGUACAUUGAGACUGAGCUGAAGAAGAGAAAGGGAAUUGUGGAGAAUGAGGAGCAGAAAGUGAAGCUCAAGAAUGCUGAGGACUCCCUGUAUGAGCUGCCAGAGAACAUCCGUGUCUCCUCUGCCAAGAAGACUGAGGAGAUGUUGUCCAACCAGAUGCUGAGUGGCAUUCCUGAAGUGGACCUGGGAAUCGAUGCAAAAAUAAAAAACAUCAUCUCAACUGAAGAGGCCAAGGCCAAGCUGCUGGCAGAACAGCAGAACAAAAAGAAAGACAGUGAAACUUCCUUUGUUCCCACCAACAUGGCUGUUAAUUAUGUCCAGCACAACAGAUUUUAUCAUGAGGAGCUGAAUGCACCAGUGCGAAGGAACAAGGAGGAGCCAAAGCCCCGACCACUGAGAGUGGGGGACACAGAGAGGCCAGAACCUGAGCGGUCUCCUCCAAAUCGCAAACGCCCCCUCAAUGAAAAAGCCACGGAUGAUUAUCACUAUGAGAAGUUCAAGAAGAUGAACAGACGAUACUGAUGAAUAUGGACUGAAGGCUUUGAAGUUGUUCCUGUUUUCCACCAAUAAAGGACUUUGUGUCAGUGGCCUGCGAUGGAGGUUGGGAAGAGUCACCACCUUCAGAUGCUGAUGUUACCUGCGAAGCUUUUCCUGUGUGAUCUUGUAGUGAAUCAGUUUGCAGGUGAUUGUGAACUUUUUGGUUGGUGUAACUUUGUAUAUAAAUAUGUUCUUUUAAUUAAGUUUUAUAAUGGAAAAUGAGCUUUCAUGGUUGGCAUUUUUUAAUGAGAAAACAAAUUGGCUUUUAUAGAUUUUUCUUUUCACCAUCUUGAUACUAAAAAAAGAGGUCCUUUAAAAGCAGCAAUGCUGUUUGCUUUGUAAAGCCCUUGGGAGUUUGUCUUCUUGUCCACAUGUCUUCUCCAGAAGUGCAGUGUGGGUACUUGUAGUGAAGAUUUGUACUUUGAAAACAGUAAAAGUGUUUUUUAAGUU